UGCUAAUUUCUUAAAAAGACCUAAUCGCGUUUUGUGCACAAAAAAAAAGGAAAAAAAAGACCUAAUCGCGUUUUCCUCACCAUAAAGAUGGAACGAGAAGAAGCACGGCCGCAAACAAAACUGCUGUGUCUAGCCUGGUAUGCUCUUAAGAUCACAAAAGGAUAUUUACAUCACUAUUUGCUAACUUUUUUCACCCUAAUUUUGGGAACGUUCUCUACUUUUUCUCCGACCACCACCACUAUGAAUACCGAUGUGGAACCACCAUCGUCACAUCCAUCGUCGUUUUUAUCACUUCCAGACGACGUUGUUCUGAACUGCUUAGCCCGCAUAUCGAGAUCGUACUACCCGAAACUCUCCCUUGUCUCCAAGACCUUUCACUCUCUCAUUAUAUCCAGUGAGCUCUCGAUGGAGAGAUGUCACGUCAAAACCACUGAAGCCUUAUUUUACGUCUGCUUACAGUUGCCCGAUCAUGUUCCCUCCUGGUAUAGCCUCUGGAUAAAACCUGAUCAAAUUCUAACGAAUGACAUGGAGGAGGAUUAUAACAAGUCUACUGGAAACACUUUGUUGGUGGGAAUACCCUCUACACAUAUACCAACAGUUGAUAUUGGUUUGGUUGGUUCCAAAUUCUACAAAUUUCUUCCACAAAAAAAUUCUCCCGCGUUCUCUCGUUUAUAUUUCGGUAAUAACUUCUCCUUUAAAGCCCGUCACAUGAUGUUAGCUCGAAAUAUUAACGCCGUUGCCGGCUCUCUCGACGGGAAAAUAUACGUCAUGGGUGGUUGCAGUGCAAAUGAAUCCACGAGUUGGGCUGAGGUUUUUGACACAACAACUCAAGUUUGGGAAUCUUUACCUGAUCCUGGCCCUGAGCUCCGCUCCUCUUCAAUUAAGGCAUUGAUAGUGACUAAAGGAAAGGUUUACGUUGAGAGAAGCAGCGAGGAUAAAUAUUUUUUUUAUGAUCCGAUACUAGGUAGAUGGGGAGUUGCAGAAAAUCGACCUGCGGUUGAAAUGAGGUGUGUGAUAGAGGAUGUUGUGUACUCAUGUGAUCGUUUUGGUUGCUUUUGGUAUGACACAAAGCAUAACCAGUGGAUGGUGGUCCAUGGUCUGGAAGUAUUUAAUAGGAAUCGUCGGGGUGGUAUUAUUGCAUUAGCGAACUACUGUGGGAAACUCUUAAUCUUAUGGGACAGGCCUGGUCCUGGUCAAAACAAGAACAUUUGGUGUUCGGUUAUUGCGCUUGAAAGACGGGAUGAAGUCGUCUGGGGACAUGUUGAAUGGACUAGUGUCGUACUUACAGUUCCCAGUUCUUACCGUUUCUUGCGUUGCAAAGUGAAAUCGGGUUGAUCAAACUUUUAUUUUAAACAUAAUCAUACACGAACUUUAGCUAGGCUCCGUUUCUUUUAUUCCCUUUUAUCUUUUAGUUAAAGUUCAGUCAUUUGUUCCAGUUUUAAAGUAAGAUGCUUUUUUUAGGA